AUUUUGUCACGUGACUCAACAGGGUGUUUGAACUGCUAUAUUUGUGCAACACGAUUUUUAAUAUCAUUUUUUUAACAAAUAUAAGCAUAUUAUUUACCUAAGACGUCAAUAUUUAUAGUUUUUAUAGUACCACAAUUAAGAAAAAAGAAAAAAGAUUAGUCCAGUUCCCCAUUAAGAAAAACGAAAAAAAAUUGGUCAGCUCCCCAUUGUUGUGUCAAGAUCAACGUAGUAGGAAGACGCACGUGUAAAGACAGUUUUUGACAAAAGGAGUUUUUUAAUACUUUACUAAGGAUUUUUUAAGGCAAGGGAGAGAAAUGUUGGAAAUUACUUGUAAUGACAGACUGGGGAAAAAAGUCAGAGUUAAAUGUAAUCCCGAUGACACCAUUGGGGAUUUAAAAAAAUUGAUUGCUGCACAAACUGGCACACACUGGGAAAAAAUAGUCUUGAAAAAGUGGUAUACCAUUUUCAAGGAUCACAUCAAACUGCAAGAUUAUGAAAUUCACGAUGGUAUGAACUUGGAAUUAUAUUAUCAAUGAAAGAAAAAGUAUACCUGAUAUUAACUUUUUAAAUCUUUAUUAAUUAUAAUUUAAAUUGGUAACUGCUACACUCUGUAAGUUUAAAUCUUUAAUAAUUACACAUUGUAAAUACAGUGGUCGAAUAAAACCAGCAUUCGACGACAUAAAUAA